AAACACAACACACUGUACUCUACUGUAUAUAUAUAUUGUCCGCCAUUUUGUCGCACAUUUUAUAUAACACAACAAACAAUAAUAUUAAUAAUAAUAAUAAUAAUAACAAAACAACACAAACAUUACAAAACACCGCUAAAAACAUUUGGAUAUAUACUGUAUAUGAGUGGACACACAAAGUGGUCGCCAAUUGAUUGAUUGAUUGACAAACAAAAUAGCAAAACACAUAACAAGAUAAGUGACAACAUAUCUAAACACCGACGGGAGUAGCGAUGGACGCCAACAAUAACAACAGCAGUACUACAACAUCAACACAACAGGCUUUGGUGGCCACCGGUAAUAGUAGUACAACGACAACAACAUCGUCACCGGUUGGACAACAGCAGCAGCACCCGUUCCCGCAAAGGCCACCGGACAAUCCGUUUAGUAUUCAUGCGACAAGUCCAGUAUCAAGCGGUUCGGUAGCGGCCAGUGUUAUACAAACGUCGCCGGUAUCGUCGGCUACUCGCGACUCGUCGUCAUCAUCAGCAGCGCUAGUGGUCAGUACUACAUCAUCGAACAGUUCGGAGAGUAGUAAUACUAUGACCAGUGAUGGUGGCCAACAAUCGCAGGACAGCAGGACAACGUCGGUGAUUUUAGCGCCGGCCAGACUGGGACUAUCGAGUAGUAGCAGUAGUAGUAUUAGUAACAGUGGUUCCUCAUCAUCGGCUACGACGACACCGACUAUAAUAACAACACCGCCAGUGCCGACAAUAUCGUUGCCGCCAACGGCUAUACCGUCAGUGACCAGUAGUCUAUCGACUUCGUCGUCGUCGUCAUCGUCGUCGGCAACCAAUGCUAACAACUAUUUUAGCGCUACAUUUUGCACCAGUUCGCAGACUACGGCCUCUACAGGCGGUACAGUCGGUAUCGGUAGUAGUACUAGUAGUAGUGGCGGCAACAAUGGUGGCGGCGGCAGUAUAUUAGCCGAGAGCCGAUUUGGGGCCACUGCUAACAGUACACUGUCUUCGACAACGAGUGCCUUCCAGUCAUUGACAACUAAAAUAACGACAUCGACGACGUCAUCGACAACAACAACAUUGUCGAAGUCAGUGUUGAGGCCAUCGGUGCUGCGUUUUGCUGACUCAUCAACCAAUCGCAACGAAGCCAAAGAAGGUUCGGCCAAAGAGCCGACCAAAGCGUCGAUUUCGUUUGUUUCGCUAUCGAAAGAGGAUAUACUCCGUCCGUCAACACGAUUGUUGACCAACGAGUCAAUUGUCAGAUGCGGUGCCGAUACUACGUCGCACAAUGGCGGCGACGAACCGGCAUCUUUUUCAUCAUUGGCCGCUACGGCAUUAGCCAAUGCAGCGGCGGCGGCAGCUUCGACAGCGUCUACGGCUAGCACAACAACAACAACGAUAUCAUCGUUUGUCAGCUCCAGUAGUAGUGAUAUGGUAUCAGCCGCUGCCUCACCGGGAGUUAGCGGUACGGCCGCUGCGGUGAUCGCAACAGUUGCCGUUGCAGCUGCCGGUAGUAGCAGCAGUGGUAUUGAUGUCGACGACAGUAACAGUAAUAACAGUAAUAGUCAGGGAGGCUUUAUAUUCGGUGAGAAUUUGGCCGAACGGGCCGUUUUUGUGGCCAACAAUAACGCCGCUUCAAGUAGUGAUAGAAAGCACAAGAGUGAUGAUAAGGCUGACGAUAAUACCGGCUCUGAAAGUGAUACCAAACGUCUUAAAUCCGACUCAAAUGAACUUAACGGUGACAUUGGUGGCGGUGCAGCCGGUGGUCUCGCAACCAACAGUGCUUUUACAGUUAUUAAGACCACUAGUGAUGGAGCACUUGAUUUGUCGGCUACGGCUGCCAGUAAUAGUUCCGAUAAUAGUGGCGAUAAUAAACGUAAAUUUGAAGUAAAAACCGGAGAGGAAGAUGAACAAAACGUACUACAAAUGCACUGUCGAUUGUACGCCUGGGAGACCGCUACUGACCAGUGGCGCGAACGAGGACGCGGUUGUUUGCGGCUGAACGACACUAUCAAAGAUGAACGCCUGUGCUCGCGGAUCGUUAUGCGAACAUCCGGUGCGCUGCGGGUCAUACUAAAUGCACACCUGGUCUCUGGUAUGCGAUUUGAUAUGUCCAACGAACAGUGCUUACGAUUUACUAAUGUCGAUGGCAUUUAUCUCAUAAAAGGUGCACCCAAAGAUAUUGACCAAUUGAACAGCGCUUGCGAGUAUAGGUUACGGGAGAUAACCAAACGCCAAAAGUAUGACACCAACAACACUAGUAGUAGCGGCGGUAGUGGUAGUGGUUGUAGUACUGAUCAAUACUCGUGCGAUGAUAGCAACAGUAUCAUUGAGAUUAAUACCGCCGCCGCCAUCAUCAACAACAACAACAACAAUAGUAACAACAACUCAAAUAGUAGUAAUAAUACUAACAACUCAUUGUCUACGACGACAUCGACGACACCCACAACACUAUCGCCUCAGCCAUCAGUGGUUAAGCAUUCGAUGGUAAACAACAACAACAACAGUAAUAGCGAGACUGCCAUCACCUCAUUGUCGUCGCCGUCAACACCGCCGACCUUAGCUGUAUCGGCAGCACAGGUGGUAUCGUCACCUCUACUACUACUUCAACAACAACAACAACACCUUCACAAUGUUAUGGACGAUACCAACAACAAUGGAUCCAAUGAUAGUUAAUGAUUACAUAUAUAUAUCUCAUCAUUUCAUAAGCCAUUAUUAAUAUUAUCAUUGCAUUCAAAAACAACAACAAAAAAACAUCGCUUCAUAUAUCACACACACACACACACACACACACACACAUCAUACCUGGCCUACACUCACACCCAACUUCUCCCACUCCCUCUCUACCAGUGUCUGGUCUAUAGAUUUACUACACAGACAUGAAAAUGGAAAAAUCAUUGCUAUUAUUAAAUUUGUUGUUGAUAUUGAUAUUCUUGUUGUUGUUGUUAUAUAUUUGCUGUGUUGUUGUUAAUGUUGUUUUUUUGAGAGCUUAUCUAAGAUCCCUACUCUCUGUGGGCGCUUUGAAAAAAAAAAUUUGUUAAUGAGUUAGUUAAUGAAUUAAAAUAUAUAUAUAUAUAUAUCUACAUAAGCCUACCCACCCAAAUAUG